AUGGCUGAAUCACAUAGAAUUCCUAUUCAAAAGAUCUCAGUUAUCGGUGAAGACAGCAUUAUCGCUCAAUAUGGACUAUGGCCUGGAUUCGUUGCUGAGGACCUGCUACGUCAUGUGAAGUCGACUACGUACGUUUUAAUCACCGAUACAAACCUUUACGAUUUAUAUGUACCAUCUUUCCAGUCCUGUUUCCGAACCAGAGAGGAUACUACCAAUGCUCGACUUCUCACAUAUGCUAUCUCACCCGGCGAGGCAUCAAAAAGUCGGGAAACGAAGGCUGAAAUUGAAGAUUGGAUGCUCUCCCAAAAAUGCACGCGAGAUAUCGUCAUAAUCGCUCUCGGAGGCGGCGUCAUUGGUGAUAUGAUUGGUUAUGUCGCAUCUACAUUCAUGCGAGGGGUCCGUUUCGUCCAAGUUCCAACCACAUUGUUGGCCAUGGUAGACUCGUCAAUUGGAGGCAAAACUGCCAUCGACACUCCCAUGGGGAAGAAUUUGAUUGGCGCAUUCUGGCAGCCGCGGCGAAUAUACAUUGACCUGGCUUUUAUUCAGACGCUACCCGCCCGUGAAUUCAUCAAUGGAAUGGCUGAAGUCAUCAAGACUGCGGCUAUCUGGAGUGAGGACGAUUUUAGUAUACUCGAAAAAUCGGCCUCUGAAAUCAUGUCUUGCGUUCGCUCGAAAGAAGAACAUCGCCUGGUGCCCAUCAAAGAGGUCCUUGAGAAAAUUAUAAUUUGCUCUGCAAAGGUAAAAGCAGAAGUGGUGUCAACUGAUGAACGAGAAGGCGGGCUGAGAAACUUACUCAAUUUCGGACAUUCUAUCGGCCAUGCCAUUGAGGCUAUAUUGACACCACAACUCCUCCACGGUGAAGCCGUUGCAAUCGGCAUGAUCAAAGAAGCUGAAUUGGCCCGGUACCUAGGUGUUCUACGGCCUCAUGCUUUGUCAAGACUGUCCAAGUGCAUAGCUGCCUACGGGCUGCCCACAUCAUUGAGUGACGGACGAGUGGUUAAACUGACAGCAGGGAAAAAAUGUCAGGUCGAUACGAUUCUGCUGAAAAUGGCCGUGGAUAAGAAAAACGACGGGGACAAGAAGAAAAUCGUCUUGCUAUCAAAGAUCGGCGGGACAUUUGAGCAGAGAGCCAGCGUUGUAGUGGAUAGGGACAUCAGAACCAUCCUCUCUGCGUCUAUUAGUGUGCAGCCUGGUGUACCUGAUAAUCUAGAUGUCACCGUGACACCUCCUGGAUCCAAGAGCAUUUCCAAUAGGGCCCUGAUACUAGCAGCACUAGGGUCGGGAUCCUGCAGGAUAAAGAACUUGCUGCACUCUGACGACACCGAAUACAUGCUCUCAGCCAUAGAGCAAUUAGGGGGUGCGUCCUACUCGUGGCACAAUGCUGGCGAGAUUCUUGAAGUAGAAGGCAGGGGGGGCAGGCUAUGCGCCAGCGGAGACGAACUUUAUAUUGGCAACGCCGGUACAGCCUCGCGAUUUCUCACCACAGUCUUGGCAUUGUGUUCUCCUGUCAAGGGAGCACAGUCAACUGUUCUUACAGGAAAUGCGAGGAUGAAAGUUAGACCCAUCGGCUCGCUCGUAGACGCAUUACGACUUAACGGAGUGAAGAUCGAGUAUUUGGAGCAAGAAAAAAGCCUCCCCCUUCGAGUUCAUGCCGGAGAAGGCCUUCAGGGUGGCACAAUCGAGUUGGCUGCGACCGUUUCAUCUCAGUACGUGUCAUCCAUCCUCAUGGCGGCUCCAUAUGCCAGAACUCCUGUCACACUGCGCCUCAUCGGGGGCAAACCCAUUUCGCAACCAUACAUCGACAUGACAAUUUCGAUGAUGAGAACAUUCGGCAUAUCUGUGGUUAGAUCUUCCGAUGAGGCAGAUACCUACCAUAUACCCCAAGGUGUCUACAAAAAUCCCACCGAAUAUGUCAUCGAAAGUGAUGCCAGCUCUGCAACAUACCCCUUAGCAGUCGCAGCCAUCACCGGAACAACUUGCACUGUCCCAAAUAUUGGUUCAGCUUCCCUGCAAGGAGACGCCAGAUUUGCGAUUGAUGUGCUGCGGCCUAUGGGCUGCUGCGUUGAACAAGACCAGCAUCGUACGACGGUCACCGGGCCUGCCUUGGGGCAACUUCGGCCGCUAACUCAUGUUGACAUGGAGCCCAUGACAGACGCCUUUCUGACCGCAUCAGUAUUGGCUGCAGUAGCUAAUGGCAAAACCCGUAUAACUGGCAUCGCCAACCAACGGGUCAAGGAAUGCAACCGAAUCUCGGCUAUGAGGGAGCAAUUAGCUAAUUUUGGGAUUUGCUGUGUCGAAUUGGACGAUGGGAUUGAAGUUAUUGGCCGAUCCUUGUCUGAUCUUCAAAAACCCAAAGCAGUUAUUCACUGCUAUGAUGAUCACCGCGUUGCCAUGAGCUUCAGCGUCUUGUCUACCGUGGCGCCAGGAUUUACAGUUAUUACGGAAAAAGAUUGUGUUAGUAAGACUUGGCCUGGAUGGUGGGAUACUCUUGCCUUGUCCUUCGAUGUAAGACUAGACGGCUCUGAUGAGGCAGAAGUCGUUACCAGAUCUUCAUCUUCCAAAGAAGAAUGCGCUAGGCGCUCAAUAUUCGUUAUUGGCAUGAGGGGUGCUGGUAAAACUACUGCCGGACGGUGGAUCGCGAAAAUCCUUGAUUGGAAAUUCGUAGAUCUUGAUGAGGAGCUAGAGCGCCGCUUGGGAAUGACGAUUCCUGACAUUAUCAGCGGACCACCAGGAUGGGAUGGGUUCCGUCGCGAAGAAUUACGACUUCUUCAAGAAUUUAUGGAAAAUGUACCGGAAGGCCACAUUUUUUCCUGCGGAGGGGGGAUCGUCGAAACGCCCAAAGCAAGAGAAUUACUGCAAGCCUAUUGCGGCGCCGGCGGCACGGUGAUUUCGGUUCGCCGAGAAAUAGAUCAAGUCAUCGAAUACCUUUCAAGAGACAAAACUAGACCGGCGUACACUACUGAGAUACGCAACGUUUAUGAGCGCCGGAAGCCUUGGUACGACUUGUGCUCGAACCAUGUAUACUACAGCCCCCACUCAGCCGCUGACACCAAACUUGACGGAAGACAAACGAUUCCGGAAGACUUCAAGAGAUUUGUAUUUUCAAUCACUGCUGGUAAUCACAACUUGAGUUCCGUCGCAGCUAAGAAUGAGAGCUUUUUCAUUUCUUUAACAGCACCUAAUAUCAAGGGGAAUCUCUCCGUGGUCCGCAACGCGGUUGUCGGCUGUGAUGCCGUUGAAAUUCGCAUCGAUCUCUUGGAUAAUUGGGCCCUAGAUUCAGUGACAGAGCAAAUUGCGUUUAUUAGAUACGCUUCAAAGUUACCGCUCAUAUUCACGGUUCGAACUGUUGCUCAAGGCGGACGCUUCCCUGACAUGGCAAUCAAUGAACGUCUAGAUCUAUGCCGGUUGGCGUUGAAGCUAGGUGUAGAGUAUCUCGAUGUUGAGGUCACAUCGCCAGACGAGAUGCUUCAAGAAUUGUCAGAAAAUCGAAGAAACACAAUUAUUAUCAGCUCCCAUCAUGAUCUGUCCGGAUCUCUGCAUUGGAGGAAUGCGUCAUGGGUACCAAUAUACAAUCGAGCAUUGCAGUACGGUAAUGUGAUCAAGUUAGUUGGCCAUGCUGAAACCAUUGAAGAUAACUUUGAGCUAUUGAGAUUCAAAAAUAGGAUGGCAACCGCCAGAGAAAAUCCAGUCAUAGCCAUCAAUAUGGGUGCUGCGGGUAAACUUAGUCGCCUUCUUAACAAGUUUCUCACACCAGUGUCGCAUCCGGCUUUGCCUUUCAAAGCGGCGCCCGGCCAGUUAUCAGCAGUCGAGAUUCGGCAAGGUCGCGCUCUGCUGGGCGAGAUCAAUAAGAGGAAUUUCUAUUUGUUUGGUAGUCCCAUUCUACAGUCCAGAUCUCCAGCACUUCAUAACGCACUAUUCAAGAGCUUGGGCCUGCCUCACGAGUAUCACCUCUACGACACGAAUUCUGUAGCAGAGUUACAGGAAAUGUUUCAGGACGAAGCCUUCGGUGGCGCCUCUGUUACCAUCCCCUUGAAAAGAGAUAUCAUCCCCCUACUCGAUGAACUAACACCAGCAGCCCAAAUAAUUGGAGCUGUUAACACAAUCAUCCCUCAACAGCAGGGCAAAAGUACAAAUAAGCGUUAUCUGGUGGGAGAUAAUACAGACUGGAAAGGAAUGGUCUAUACAUUAAGGGAAGCGGGGUUUAUGCACACAACUCAUCAACCAUCAGCUGCAGUCAUAGGUUCCGGGGGCACCACAAGAGCCGCAAUCUACGCCUUACAUUCCUUAGGACUCAAUCCCAUUUACGUGGUCGGACGAGACGCGAAUAAAGUUGAGAUACUUAAGUCAGAGUUUCCCCUUGACUUCCAAAUUGAAGCCAUCUCACAUGAUGAAGUAUGCGGAAUAUCCCGGCCGAUCUCGGUCAUCAUCAGUUGCAUCCCCGCCGAUCGUCCAGUCGAUCCUGUGGUUCAAGAUACUGUUUCUGCAAUACUUUCUCAACCCUCACAGUCAAAUGGUGACCGCGUCCUCCUGGAAAUGGCGUACAAACCACAUCGGACACAAAUUAUGGAAUUGGCUGAACAGAUUGGUGGAUGGAAGACGAUACCUGGACUUGACGUACUCGUGUCACAGGGUUGGUAUCAGUUCGAAGCAUGGACAGGUAUUCAACCAUUGUAUGAGCUAGCAAGAGACGCAGUGAUUGGAAAAGAUCUAUCUGGCUGUUAUAAGCCCAGCCAGAGGUGGUAG